GUUGGAAUGAGUCAUAUAUGGACUUAUAAGGAAUAUAUUAGGAGCUAGAAAUAAAACUACUUGGUUGCCAAUAAUUUUUGAAUGCAAGGGUUUUCGUCGGUUUGGUAAACCAGUUGAACCGUGUCGAACCGAAUAUUUGGCACGUACUUAAUAGCGAUGCAGUAAUUUGGUUCGGUAUUCGAGUUCGCUAUUUUUAAAUUUCUGUAAUUUGUUUUUGACAGCUAUUAUGUAAAACUAUAUAUUCUAUUUAAUUUUUUAAUUAGAAUAAUACUUAAUGAUUUUCCAAAUUAUAAUGGAAAUAAAGAAAUUACUACCCAAAUUUUUACGUAAUACAAUUAACAACCCAUAGUGAUAUUACUCCUAGGAAAGUAAAUUUAUAUAAUAUUUAAAUCAUAUAUGAUAACAAUGAUUAUUAAUAGCUCUGCAAAUAAAAAGUCAAAUUUGUCUUUUCAAUUACCACCCAAUACGGCUAAAUACCUAAUUUGAAUAGGAAAGGGAAACAGAUUCAACAAACGAGCUAAUACACGACACUGUCGCCGUUGUUAUAAAGGUAUCCCAAAAUUGAUUUCUCUGCUACACCAACACCAAUUUAAACUUCAAUUUUGAAACUAAUUAAUCAUCCUCACCAAGUUUCGUCUUAUAUCCAAAGGACAGGUUACGUAAUCGAUUUCUCCUCCAGGAAAGUGAAGAUAUACCUAUGACGUUUCUUGAGCUAUUACGUAAGGCUGAACAAGAACUUUAUCCAGGUUGCUCGAAGUUCUCAACUUUAUCUUUUAUUGUGCAUUUGCUCCACAUAAAGGUUUAUAAUAAGUGGAGCAAUAAGUCAUUUGACAUGAUGUUAACACUGCUAAAAAAAGCUUUACCUCAUGGUGAAACUCUUCCGAAAUCAUACUAUGAUGCAAAAAAGAUUUUAAAUGACUUGGGUUUGGGAUACACUGCAAUCCAUGCAUGUAAGUAUGAUUGUGCUUUAUUUUGGAAAGAGUAUGAAAAUUAUCAAGAGUGUCCAGUUUGUGGUACUUCUAGAUGGAAAGUUAGUAAUGCUAAGAGAAAGCAAAUUCCUCACAAAAUAUUGCGCUACUUUCCUUUAAAGCCAAGGUUGCAGAGGUUGUUUAUGUCACCGAAGACAGCAGCAGAUAUGAGAUGGCAUUCGGACAAGCGAAUAAAUGAUGAAAAAGAGUUGAAACAUCCAGCAGAUGCAAGAACAUGGAAAGAAUUUGAUCAACAACACCCAUAUUUUUCAAAAGAUGCCCGUAACAUACGACUUGCUUUGGCAACUGAUGGCUUCAAUCCAUUUGGUACUAUGAGUAAUUCUUACAGCAUGUGGCCCGUCAUUAUCAUUCCAUACAACUUGCCGCCUUGGAAAUGCAUGAAGAAGUCAUAUUUCAUGAUGUCAUUGCUCAUUCCUGGACCACAUCAACCAGGUAAAGAUAUUGAUGUAUACCUACAACCAUUAGUUGAUGAAUUAAAAGACUUGUGGAAUGAAGGUGUGCAAACCUAUGAUGCAUUUUCUAAGAAGAAUUUUCAAAUGCAUGCUGCUCUUUUAUGGACAAUUAACGAUUUUCCUGCGUAUGGUUGUGUGUCUGGUUGGAGUACAAAGGGUUAUAUGGCAUGCCCUGUCUGCAAUAAACAUACAUGCUCAAAGGGAUUGAGAAGUAAAAUUUGUUAUAUGGGUCAUCGUCGAUACUUGCCUCGUGGUCAUAAAUGGCGAAAAAAUAAAAUCAAGUUCGACGGAAAAGAAGAACUAAACAUGGCACCGAAAUACUUCUCUGGAAAUGAUGUAUCUCAGCAAACGAUGCAUUUAAAAGGUGUUAAAGGUGGAAAACAUCCCAGUUUAAAGAAAAAAAACAAGCGAGAUAAACAAGAUUUGAAUUGGACUAAGAGGAGCAUUCUUUUUGAAUUGCCUUAUUGGAAGACAAUACUCUUAAGACACAAUCUUGAUGUCAUGCACAUCGAAAAAAAUAUUUGUGAUAAUAUUUUGGGGACGUUGUUGAAUAUGGAUAAGAAGACAAAAGAUACAUAUAAAGCAAGGAAAGAUUUGGAGGAUAUGAAUAUUAGAAAGGAACUGCAUUUAAAAAAAAGAAAUGAUGGGAGGUAUGUUAUACCACCGGCAGCUUAUGCAAUGUCUAAAAAAGAAGGACAACAAUUUUGUGAAUUUGUUAAAGCACAAAAGUUUCCAGAUGGAUAUGCUUCUAAUAUUGCUCGUUGUGUAAAUGUGUCUGAAGCUAAGUUAGUGGGUUUGAAAAGUCAUGAUUGUCAUGUUCUCUUGCAACGGUUACUUCCAUAUGGCAUUCGUGGAUGUUUGAGCAAAGACAUAUACGCUGCAAUACUUGAGUUAGGGGAUUUCUUUCGGAGGUUGUGUUGUAGAAAGUUGAUGGUAGAAGACGUAAAUAAAUUGGAAAAAGAUAUUAUUGAGAUAUUGUGUAAGCUUGAAAUGAUUUUUCCACCAGCUUUUUUUGAUGUUAUGGUGCAUUUAGCUAUGCAUCUACCACGUGAAGUUAUGUUAGGUGGCCCAGUUCAAUACCGAUGGAUGUACCCUAUUGAAAGGUAACGUAUAAGUAUUAAUU